AAGCGCUGGGUACGCCCGCGUCUCUCAGGCCGCAGCUACUUAGUGCCGCUCCAUGGACGCCCAGAGGGCGGAGGUCUGCGCCCUGGAGGCCGAGAUCGCGGCCCUGCGGCGGGCGUGCGAGGAGCCGCGGGCGGCGGGGGAAGACGCUGGGCUUGUGCAAAAAUCACUUCGAGAAAUAUAUCCAUCAGAUUCUGAAGGAUGGGCCUCUUCGAAAGAUCUGCAAAGUCAUCUUGAACAUUUAGAAUCAGAACUUCUUUUUCUAAGCACACUUACUGGUAUCAAUAUAAGAAAUUACUCUAUGAAGACAGAGGACUUAACAAGCACUGAGAAGACAGAAAAGAGUAUAAAGAAAGUUCUGCAGAAACACAGAUUAUCAGGAAAUUGCCACAUGAUUACAUUUCAACUUGAAUUUGAGAUUCUGGAAAUCCAGAAUAAGGAGAGUUUGUCUUCUGUUAUUACUGACCUCAACAUAAUAAUGGAGCCCACCGAAUAUUCAGAAUUAAGUGAAUUUGUGUCUAGAGCAGAAGAAAGAAGAGAUCUAUUGAUGUUUUUCCGAAGCCUACGCUUUUUUGUGGAGUGGUGUGACUAUCGUAAGCGCACAUUUCAACACUUGAAGGCCCAUUAUUUCCUGUUCAUCUUAGUCUUCAACUUCAUCAAUGGACAAGUACCCGGAAGUCGUGCACCUCCCAGAGGGGGCCGCGUCCAGCUGCAUGGGGGUCCGGAGCGCCUGCCAGCCAGGGUUCGAGCUGGUCGUCGUUUGGAGGAUGCACAUGGAGGAAGAAGGGAAGGUUUUUCCGAAGCUGGAUCUUCUCCCCAAAGUGCCACAGCAAGCCCUGGAGCUAGACCAGCACCACGUCCUGGAGACUGCGCCCCUCCGCUUCAGAACCCUGCUGGGUGUGCUGGGCAUCGAAGCUGCUCUAGAAAGCCUGAUAACAUCUCUGUGCCCAGCAGACAACCAGUUUCCGGCAAACACGCAGGUGUGUGAUUUCAUUCCACAUAAAGAGUUACCGGCUUCCAGAGAAAAACCACGCCUUUAGGACACAGUGUCUGUGCAGUUUCGGCACAUGAUAUAUAAGCUGACGGGAUGUGGAAAAAUAAACAUGACUAUUUGAAAACAAAAUGCCAGACAUGGAUCAUAUGCCUGGCAGGCUUGGUUGGGGGUGCAUGCAACUCUUGAUCUUGGGGUCGUGAGGUGAGCCCCACGUUGGUAAUAGAUUACGAAAAAAAAAUUAAAAGAAAAGCUUAACUUUUCAGAAAGUA